AGGCGGGAAUAUGGAGGAUUGGAAGUGCAGCUCUGUGUUUAGUCUGGGAAGCCCUUUUGGACAAUCUCAGCUCUCUCGCAGUCACUACCACCCAUCGUCUCCUCAUCGGACACUCCCGCAGCAGGGCAGAAAGGUGAUGAAGCCAGGCCAGUGCCAACUGCCUGCACCAUCGUUUGUAUCGGCACCUCCUCUGGCCUCACCCGCUGCCCCCAGGCCAACUGACCAGCCUGCUGCUCAGGGCGAGGUGCCGGACACUGGGCCGGGCAGCCCCUUGGGGGAGUCCUGGCCGUCCACCGAGAGCAGCUCCCUCAUGACACCCGAGGGAGAGUCGGGAGAAUCGAUGGCAUCACGGGAGAUGUUCCGUACUGACUCGGGUUGGUCAGGAAGUCCACACAUUGACCCUGCGGAGAGUUCAAUCAUCGCAAAGUACAUCCAGCGAUUCCGACAUGGCAAACCACUGAGCAGACAGCAGCGGGAACAUGCUGCUGCUGGAAUGGGCACAGAGGGGAGUGAGUUCUGGUGGCUGAAGCGUUCACCCCCAAACAGCUCAACACCAAAAGAGGAGACACACCCACACCACCCAGAAGCUCGUUCAUUGGCCACUGAGGGAGGAGAAUCCACCUGCUACUCUGCUCGGCAACAGGAACACUUACCUGCGAACAUAUCUCUGCCCAACAUCCCCAGUCUGUCUUUAAGGAGAACUGGACUCUCAUCAGGAGGUGAACGAUCAGAUGUUUCCCAGCUGGAGCCCUUGGACCUGGAGACCAUUCAUCUCCAGGAAAGAGCAAAUCACCUGCUGCAGCACAGUGAAUCCUCGUGCAGUGGCCUUGUCCCUGUUAGUUCAGAUGGUGUUGGAUCUCCAUCUAUCUCUGAUCACGUUGACGAAGUGGUGGGCUGUCCUGUCUCUGUCCCACUGACCGUGUCCACUGAUGGAGAUAAAGAUGUGAAACAUAUCAGCAUGUGGUCUGAUGGCCCCUCCCCCAGCUGCAAGCCCUCGUUCAGCACUCGCCCUGAAGACGAUAUUCUCUACCUGUGGCGUCUGCAAAGGAAGAUGGAGGCAGCGAGAGUGGGCUCAUGGGCCUUGCUAGCACAGAGGAAGUCACACUCCCCUCCAUUCCACUUGGGCAGGCAGAUUACCAGGUCUGAUGGGGACGUGAAAAAAGACAACUCAGUGGUCACAGGGUCAUACCCUGAGGGAGGUUGGAGAGAGAGCGUGACACCGACCAGGAACCCCCAACAUAGUCCAGGGAACAAAGCCGGGACUGGUGCUACCUGCCCCAUGCCAAUCCCGAGCGGAGCAGUGUGCCUGUCCGAGGACUGGACAUGUCAACAGGCAGUCACAGGCGGUCAACGCUGUGAUCCUCAGGUCGCGGAGAGGGAGCCAGCUCAGCGAGGAAGAGGUGAGAGUGGGCUCGCACACGGCCUGAGGUCAGCAAUCGAAGGGCAAAGGUCAGCAGACUGUCCCUGCAGACAGCACGGCACUGAUGAAGGAAGAGGUGAGAGUGGGCUCACGCACGGCCUGAGGUCAGCGAUCGAAGGGCAAAGGUCAGCGGAUGGCUAUUCCAGACAGUGUGGCAUGAGCAGAGGAAGGAGUUCAGAAGCAGUGUCUGGUGGCAAGGAGCAGGGACUGGAGCCUCUGCCUGAGGUCUGUGGAAGGGACUGCCCCCAGAGGGGUAGGCGAGCCCAUCAUCAGGGGCAAAGAGAAGCUGGAUGGAGCUCGGGAUUGGAGACCGGCAGCUGCCAGCCUCCUGUGUCCCUGCAGCCUCCGAAUUUUCGCCAAGUGAGGCCAUGGCAGCAGGACUCUCACCCAUUGACUGGGAGCAGCGGCUCAGACACAGAACAGCAAUUCUCCGAAGGUGAACACGACAGUGCAUCACCCGAGAACUCAGCAACAAGGGGACAGCGUCAAGGGAAGCCUGCACCAUCCCAUCACCGUCAGCACGCAAACGUUCGGCAGGUGUUGGGACAGGUGGUCUCUGAGAGAAUGUUCCCACGUUGCAAACCAAACCAUCCGAUCAGCAGCAAGCCGAACACAGUUGGCAGAGCCAGGGGCCAUCGCCUACCACGCUCACCAGUGACUGAUACUCGCCAGACACCAGAUACUGUGACCAAACUGCUGAAAGACGCUGAAGAAUCUGAUGGGCUGGAGUUUGAAGAAGACGUGUUGCUGCGAGUGCUGCGACAGCAGAGGGACUGGGUCCACCAGCAGCUCAGGGAAGCUGACCGGAGAUUGACCAUCCUGAGUGGCCUCUCACACUGAAGUCUGGCGGCCUGGGGGAACCUCGUUACACAUCCAUGGCCUUUCUCUGCUCCCACCAUUCUCACCACUACCUCCUGCUCAGUCUGAUGGGUCACGGGUCCCCUCUACUCUCAAAACCUGACUUGGCAACUUGAGACCUCAGUGAUGUGCACCUCCCACCCAUGAUGUGUGUGUGUGUGUGUCUCUGUCUGUGUCUGUGUGUGUCUCUGUCUGUGUGUGUUUGUGUCUGUGUCUGUGUGUGUGCGCGCACACGAUAUCCUAUUGAGAACUUUUUAAUUGGUUCGUUGCAAUCCAGCAGUGAUUUAACCGGGUAGCAGUGGGUAUGAGGUAUGUGAUUUCCCCCUCACGCAGUGACAGUACGGGGGUCUGUGAUUCCCCCUCACACGGUGACAGUACGGGGUCUGUGAUUCCCCCUCACACGGUGACAGUACGGGGGUCUGUGAUUCCCCCUCACACGGUGACAGUACGGGGGUCUGUGAUUCCCCCUCACACGGUGACAGUACGGGGGUCUGUGAUUCCCCCUCACACGGUGACAGUACGGGGGUCUGUGAUUCCCCCUCACACGGUGACAGUACGGGGGUCUGUGAUUCCCCCUCACACAGUGACAGUACGGGGGUCUGUGAUUCCCCCUCACACAGUGUCAGUACGGGGGUCUGUGAUUCCCCCUCACACAGUGUCAGUACGGGGGUCUGUGAUUCCCCCUCACACAGUGACAGUACGGGGGUCUGUGCUCCCCUCACACAGUGACAGUACGGGGUCUGUGAUUCCCCCUCACACAGUGACAGUACGGGGGUCUGUGAUUCCCCUCACACAGUGACAGUACGGGGGUCUGUGUCUGUGACUCCCCCACAUGGUGAUGGGACGGGAGUCUUUGUCUGUGAUCCCGCAUCCCCCCUGCCCCCCCCACCGUAACAGUAGCAUGUUGCUUAAUCCAAGUUGUUUGAAGUGAAGUGAACCUGAUGCCGGAGUAUGAUGACAUUGGAAGCCUGUCUUUAGACUGUCCCAUAAGUUGUGUGAGGUCUGUUCCCUCCCUCCCUUCACCCCAUCUGCAGCUCCCUGCCUGGCCCUGUUUGCCACUCACUCUCGCUGCGUUGUGCCUGACCAUGUGAGCAUCGGCUUAUUCCUGACUUAUGCGGCUGCUGCUUUAUGACCAGCCGCCUACAGAGAGUUUUAAUGAUUACUUGGAAUCGAUGGAUUUUCUGGUGUAAUAAAUUUUGUACAAACGCG